AUGCAGUUCACCACCGUCUUCCUCUCCGCCCUCGCCGCCGUCGGCUCCAUGGCUGCUCCCCUCGAGCCCAGGGCCGAGGCAGUCUCCAUGAUGGCCCAGGCCACGACCUGGACCAUCACCAACUUCAAGCGCGCCGUCAACGCCGACAACACGGUCACCACCUGGACCUUUGGCAUCAACAACGGCCAGACCACCACCCCCUGCACCGAGGAGGUUAAGGGCGCCAAGUCCUCGACCCUCAACGGCGGCCCAGCCACCUGCGGCCCAUACACCGUCACCUCGGGCUGGUCGGACCAGUUCGGCCCCGGCAACGAGUUCACCACCUUUGCUGUCGUCGACUACGCCGCCAAGCUGAUCGUCUACCCUGCCUACACCGACAAGGAGGUCGCUUCCGGCAACGUUGUCACCCCCGACAAGAGCUACACCCCCUCCAAGCUCGGUUAA